AGAUACUUUCCGCUGCGUACCUUUUUAUUCCAACAUUACUCUUGUUAGAGGUAAAUUCAGAAUUUUCGGAAAAUGCCGGAUAGGCGACAAACCGGAGGUGUUCUUCCACGGUCAUUAGGAGCAUCACGUCCAGUUGGAGCUUCAUGGAGACUGGAUAAGAUACCUGUGAAGGCGUGGGGAUCGUCCAAAUUUUUUGGACUUGAUUACGAGUUCGAACCUAUGUGGCUGCUGACCGAAGAAGAAAGAAAUUUUGUUGUGAAGCUUGCCGAACUUUGUCGGAAACACAUUCGUCCCCAUGCGGCGAAAGUUGACAAUGAUUACAUCUACCCUCGAGACGGUUUGCGUAUAUUAGCGAAUCACAAUUACAUGAGUCUGUUGGUUCCACGCGAAUAUGGAGGUCGCGGUGCUUCAAAUUUCUUGGCUAUGUUGGCUCUCGAAACAAUCGCUCGUUAUGGGGAUCCAGCUGUUGCCGUGAUUUUCGCUAUGCACCUCAUAAGUACCUGCAUUUUGUGUUCGGCGCACUUCGAGAAUAAUGCGGUCCAGGACCUUUUGCGACGACUGGACGCGGAGUGUCUCAUUGGUGCCGUGGCUGUGAGUGAUCCGACGACUGGAGGACAUUUUUGGUACUACCUUUCAGCGAAAACAGCUCGGACGAAGGAUAAUCGGAUCAGACUGCACAAGUUUAUUUCUUGGGUGACGAGCGCUGGGUAUGCUGAUUUUUACAUUGUUGGCGCCCCGGAUCCAGACUUCGUCCCUUUUACUGAUGCCGAAGAAUUGGAGGAGCGCACGAAGACCGCCAUGUUCCUGUUGUUUCGAAGUGAACUUCGAGCUAGUUCUGAAGGAUAUCGAGCCAUGGGUAUGCACGGUAAUCACGCUGGUCCCGCGUUUUGCGAAGCCAUUCUUGGAGAAGAACGGCUUCUUACGAGACAUCGUCAUCGAAUGGCGGAUGGACUGCCUGCGGGGGACGAUUUUGCGCCGGUUUUUCAUUUUUUCCAGUCAUCGAUUCAUGUUGGGAUUGCCAGUGCAGCGAUUGAUGCAGCGAAGUCACAUGUUGUUAAUCGCAUCCAUGCUGAUACUGGGAAGAGGAUUGCGGAAUAUCCAAUUAUUCAGGAUUACUUCGGUGAUGCAAUAAGCAAUUUGAACUCUUGCCGAUGCCUCUUGUACGAUGUCAUUCGGAAGCUAGAUGCAGAAACCGACUCCAACAACUGGACCAAGCACAAAGAUCCCAUGUAUCGACCGCGAAAGCACUUCGUCAGUUGGGCCUAUCAAAUUAAAAUUGUUGUCGCACAGAUGUCUGAUGACGUGUGUUCGAACAUGAUGCGUGCAUGCGGCGGAUCGGGUUAUACCGCGGGACUGGGCGUUGAGCGGUUGUUGAGAGACACAAAAGCUUUGUGGCUCAUGUCCCCGUCUGUCGAAGUGGCUCGGAAGCUCGUCGGUCAGAUGGCGUUAUCGGGAAUAAACUCUGUGGAUCUUCAUGAAAAUCACUGCGACUACGCUUCGUUGUACAAAGAAAUGAACAAACUUACGGGCGAUGAGAAGCGAGCAAUUGCCUCAAGGAUGUUGAUGGAUGCCGACAUACAACAAGGAAAGAGCAAAUUAGGUUUUGAAAGCCAGGGCCAUGAUUUCGACAACCCUUUCGGCACCGGGCCCACUACUUAUAAUGAUAUCGAACAAACGGACAAAAACGGCGUUCGUCACGGUCCGGCUUUUCAUCCCGUGAAGUGGGUCAGAUUGAAAUUGGCCGAAAAGAAAUUGUUGGAUGCGUACACGUUGCGAAUGGUUUUCGCGCUGCCAAACAAGACGGACCACACAGGUUGUCUUCCUGGACAGUACAUUCAGACGCGCGUGUGGAAGAGAGAAGCGACGAGAGACGGUGACAGUCGUGAUUCCCGCAGGUUUUAUUCGCCGAUUUCCCGACCCGACGACUACGGCCGUAUCGAAGUGCUUGUCCGUGUAGAGCGUAAUGGCAUCAUGGCGCGGCACAUGCGUGUCAUGGAGGUGGGCGACGAUACGUUGGAGUUUCGUGGCCCAAGUGGCGGAUUCGAGUAUUAUCCGGAUACGCUCGAUUACCUGGUGGCGAUCACGGGAGGAUGUGGGGUCACCCCUGCAGAUAACCCAGCGGACAAUUGCAAGUUCAUUUUAGUCUACGCGAACAAUACAGCAUCUGAAAUUCUCCUGAAAAAAGAGUUGAAUGAACGUGCUAGUCGGAAAGAUGGCAAAGUUUCCGUCACUUUCGUCUUGGCUGAUUCGUCAGAGGCCGAUGAAAAUCCGCUGACACGAGAAACUUUCAUAGAUGAAGCAUUUCUGAGGUCUAUAUUGUCGGCAGAAAUGCUCCAGAAGCGGUUUCGAGUUUUACUUUGCGGAGGAGCUGGUCUCAUCGUUUCGGUUCUGUACGCACUCCGUUCUCUGCUCAUCCCUUCUGAAACGAUCUUCGUUUUCGGAUCCACUGGUACGAGCUAUCUUAAAGCCGUUUACGGCCGGCACGCAUUACUGGCGUCACAUCGUAGUGAUCAAAGCCCUAUACCUAAAACCAUGGAAACAGCUGGUGAAGGCUGUUCUGUGCGCCAACUGAUGGGCCCCGAUGGACGCCAGCAACUUAUCGUGGGCAACCAGAAGGUCUGCCCUGGGUUGCGCCUGGAAGGAUGGCGUGAGCCGCCCGUGGCAAUGAAGGGGAAAACGGGUGCUUUCUACAUCGUUCCGACCAAAAGCAAAUAUGAGUGACUGACUUGAUCUCGAUUGUCUGAAUUCUAAUGUAUUGUACGUGAAUAUUGCCACCA